GCGAAGGGGAGCGGGCGCAGUGAUGGCACCGCCGAUGCCGGUUUCGGGCGUUGGGCCGUGCUUGCGCUCCGUUAACACCCGUGAGCUCUCCGAGGUCGUCUUCAACAACCGUAGCCCUCGCUCCGUCCUCCCGGUGUGGGUGGAUUUCGACGGCAAGCCCCGCCACUACCCGGUCCUGCAGCCGCGCACCGGGCGGGUCAUGCACAGCUACCGGGGUCACCUCUGGCUGUUCCGGGAUGCAGGGACAAACGAUGGGCUCCUUGUCAACCAGCAGGAGCUGUUCAUAGCAGCUCCCAACGUGAAUAAAGCAGACAUCACGCUGCCAGUGUUCACCCUGAAAGAACGGUGUCUCCAGGUUGUUCGCAGUCUGGUCAAACCAGUGGACUACAGGAAACUGGACAUUGUUCGAUCGUUAUAUGAAGAGCUGGAAGAUCAUCCUGAUGUUAAGAAGGAUCUUCAGCGGCUUUCUCUGGAGAGAAGUGAAAUACUGAGGAAUGGAGUUCUGGAAUAACAUGAUUACUCUGGACCAUUCAAAUAGCAAACCACAGAGUUUAAGUAGGGAGCAUGCCACCAAACAUGCCAAGAAUUGUUGUCUGUAUUUUAUGUUCUGAGACAUGAGCUCAGUUAACUUGACAAGUCUGCUCCCAAAGACUAAACAGUGCGUAGAGGCACGCCAGGUUCCUGCUGGUUCGUUACGUGUGUCACAAACGAGCAACUCUGGAGGAGGAAGCUCAGAAGUUUUAUUUGGACUGCAUCAGAACACCGCAUAGGGAUGUAAGGUCAGGUCAUCUGUUUGGAGCAUACAGAUUAGCUUUCAUUGUAUUAGACAGUAAAUUACGCUAAAGAUUAAUUCAGACUAAUGAUUGUAAGUGGCAGACCCACACCAUUUUCAUUUGAACAAUUUGCAUUCAAUGGAAUUUCGCUCUCACACUUGACCUAGAUUUGCCUGUGACCAACCAAGCGUGGGGGGUGUUUGUGUACAUGAGAGUUUCAAACACCCCUUCUUGGGACCUGACCUGAAACAUCAAAACAUCAUGCUGGUGGAAAAAUGACACAUGUAAAUGCUUGGGGGUUUUCCUGCCUUUUGGCUUUACAUGUGUAAGUCCAUAUUUUGUCCACUCAGGCUGAUGCAUUUUUACACAGAUUGUACCUUGGAUGCCUUAUUUAUCCUUCAUGCUUGGAUCUGAAGGUCAUCAACCCAGUCAGCCAUGUAUACAUAGUUCUGGGGUCCUAGUUCAGGGGCACUUCUCUCCUCUGCAGCAGCUUCCUGUUACAGGUUGUGUUCAUAGACAGUAGAUGCUUUGAUCCUGCCUUUUCCUGUGGCAAUGCAGUAGUCCAGUAGCUGGGAGGCCUUUUCAAGGGAGCAGGGACCACUUGAGCUGCUGGUGUCUCCUAAGUAACAGAUAGAAAACUGCAUCAGCUCAGAUGAGCCUUUUGCUAGAUCUGUCUCACAGAUCCAUGCUUUGUGCUUCAUUACAGGCUAGAUAAGCAGGGAAAACAUUUGCUUACAAAUGUUCUGUUCCCUCAUGCCUCGGUUAGGAUGUGUAUUUGUGUGAACAUACACAUGUCAUUCCAAGCAGUGUAGUUUUUUUACAGAUAACGUGAAUUGUCCACCAAGUAACAGAUGCAGUGCUGUUCACUGUUAGAAGCAGAAUGGUAGAAGAUUAUAGCAGGUUAUUUCUGUGACACGUUCCUUUCCAGUUACACAUUCUAAGAAACACAGCUGUAAAACUGAGACUGUCGACCUGUUCUGUAAGUAUGAAAUGUCUCCCGUUUUUGUAGACUUGUUUUUUCUUACAUAUUUGAAGUGUAUGGAUUGAUCUUUGUCCUGAAAAUGUAAAUCCAUGCU